AGGCCCCGCGGGCCGUGUCGGAGGGAGGGGGGGGGCAGCGGAAUCCGCCGCCAUCCGGCGCCCGCCCGCCCCGCCCGCGGCCCCCGAGCGCGCGGCCGCCGCCGCGGAGCCCGCCCGGGGCGGACAGGUCCCGCGGCCGAUGCGGCGCCAUGAGCGAUCGGGCUGCGCGGGGCCGGCGCUACAACUGCCUGAGCCUCAGUGAGAGCUACCGGGGGCGGCCGCUCGAGCCCCCCCGCGCCGCCGGCGCCCCCCGCCAUGGGCUGCAGAGCCUGGGCAAGGUGCCCACCCGGCGCAUGCCCCCCCCCGCGCACCUGCCGAGCCUGAAGGCCGAGAACAAAGGGAACGACCCCAACGUGGCCCUGGUGCCCCGAGACGGCUCGGAUGGGCCAGCCGCAGCGACCCCCCCGACCCCCGCAGUUCCGAGCCCUCCGCCCCUCCCCCGCCGCAGUCGCCGUCACCGCCGAUUCGCAGCCGCCUGCGAGCGGCACCGGGGGGACAACGGACCCCGGGGACACCCGAGAACCCCCCCCCGCCGCCAAGCGCGGCAAAGUCCUGGGCGCAGGCCAGCGGUACCCCGCCGAUGGUGAGACCCCCACCCCCAUUUCGGGGCCACCCCCGUGACCCUCCCCUUCCCCC